GGAUUUCGCCAUAUCCCAUUCUAAUCUUACGCCAUGCCUUCUUUCUUCUUCUUCUUCUUCUUCUUCUUCUCCAUUUAUAAACCCUAUCUUCUUCCUCUCCUUCUUCGCAAUCCCCUUUCUGUACCUUCUUCUUCUUCUUCUUCUUCUUCUUCUUCUUCUUCUUCUUCUUCUUCCUCAAUUCCCAUGGCCCUUGUCUCUUCUAAUGCUCAAUUCCAUGUCUUGGCUGUCGAUGACAGCCUUGUAGACAGGAAGCUGAUUGAAAGGCUGCUCAAAACUUCCUCCUUCAAUGUUACGGCUGUGGAUUCUGGAAGCAAGGCUUUGGAGCUUCUGGGUUUGGUUAGAGAGAGAAAUGGAAGCAUCCAUUCUCCUUAUUCCCCUGAAAAUCAUCAUCAUCAACAUCAAGAGAUUGAAGUUAAUCUCAUCAUUACAGAUUACUGUAUGCCAGAAAUGACAGGCUAUGAUCUUCUAAGAAAGAUCAAGGAAUCUGACUCACUUAAAGACAUACCUGUCGUGAUUAUGUCCUCUGAGAAUGUUCCAGCAAGAAUCAACAGAUGUUUGGAAGAAGGAGCCGAGGAGUUUUUGCUGAAACCAGUGAAAUUAUCUGAUGUCAACAAGCUUAAGCCUUUCAUAUGCAGAGGAAAAGCCAAGGAAAUGGAUUGCAACAAUCUCAAGAGAAAGGAAAUGGAACAGAGUCAAUCAUCUGAGAGAACAAGAGCAAAAUACAAUGAACCUCUCUAAAUCUAAACUUCCGGCUUACAUUAUCAGUUCUUAGAGUUAAAUGACCAUUAUUAUGUACUUUCUAAUGUUACAAGAGUGAAUCAUUUUGAGUGUCUGAAUGUACAAAGUUGAUGAAACUUCGGAUUUUUAGGCUUAGAAAUCUCAUUAUUUUGUAGUUUAGAUAUCUGUACUCAUGAUUCGAUCUCUACCAAAACAAACAAACAAAAUAAAGACAUACAAUCUUGUCUUUUAA